AUGCACUAUUACAACCGAGCCCAAGACCAAUACCAACAGUACCAUCAUCAUAUGGACUACCGAAACUACUAUCACAAUCAAGCGCAUCACUAUCAGCCGAGAGUCGAUGAGAGAUUUCCCGCAGACCGAUUUCCAGAUGAAAUUGACCGUCGCUACAGAUUCUAUGAACAAUAUCCAUAUCAGAAUGCCCCCUUUUCGCCAAGAAUGCACCCAGCAAUGCUUGACCGUCAACGACGAUCACAGUUAUCGGCGGGAAGUGGACAGAGAAACUAUUUCGGAUCACAAAUGGCGGCAGAAUUCAAUCAAGCUUCACAGCGAACAAGCUCAUUAUCUCGUGGAUUGAAUCGACAGCAGUCUCAAUCCUUCUAUCAUUUUGACCUUGAAACGCAGCGAUCAAGUACAAGUAAUUUAUUUGAAAAAGAACGUUCUUCUCAAUUUGGUCAACCAGAAAAUUCUACUACGGAGGUUGACGAAACGAAGAGGCUGAAGACUAUCGCAGAAGAGGAAACAGGAUUCGUCUACUCUCAACGGGACCUUAGUCGUCAGAGAUCGAUAGGGGAUACUCAGCAUUCAGCAGGGGAAGAAAUAGAGAAAACAUUUGAAAACUCAUCGUUCAUUCGGCCACCUGGCUUUGUUAACGCAUCAAAUUAUGAAGAGAGCAUUGUACUAACGACAACUAAAACUGUCGAGGAUGUGGAUACAACUCGCGAGAAAUCAACAGAUCAUGAGUGCCAUGCGGUGGCAAUUUGUUUUGGAAGCGGCAAAGAAAAAUACGAAGUUGGAGUCGCAGCUCUUGAUCCAACCGGAUUUAUUAUAGAAUCAAGUCAAUUCGAAGACUCUCGUUCUUUCCACAAGACAUUCGCGAAGCUAAACAUCUUCCUUCCGCGUCUAAUUCUCAUGGCACCGAGGACAAGUAUCCAGUUUCAGCAUCAACUUAGGAGUGUUAUUAGCAGAACGACGACAAUACAUACACUCACGAACAAAGCAUUCGACUUUGAUUGUGCGUUUGCGAAUAUAGAGAUGUAUGCUUCUAGAGGCUUAUCAAUGAAGAUUGAAGACAUUCGGCCAUACGUGCAAGCAGUAAGAGCAAUUGGAGGACUGAUUGAUUUCUGCAAACGAACGGCUACUGUUAAAAUACAACUUUAUCACGAGUCGAUCGUCUUCAAAUUCGACACCGGCAUUGAUAGUGCCUUUGUAUCGAAGAAUACAGCGGAUACGUUGGAGUUGGUGACUUCAAAUAGACCUUCGCAAUCGAAAGACGAGGACUAUUCUGUAUUCAAGUCUCUUGAUUAUUGCCUCACUUCAAGUGGUCGACGUCUUUUGCGAAAUUCACUGCUUGCACCAUCCUGCAAUGUCGCCGAAAUUGAGCAUAGACAGUCGAUGGUCAUUGAAAUCGUCGAAAAUAAUCAAUUUUUCUUCGCGCUGGAAAACGUGCUUCGACGUUGCCCUCCAGAUUUUGGAAGAACGCUGGGCUUUGGCAUCAUCCUUGAACGACGAGCGGAAUCGCUCAAUACUUGCAUGCAGUGUGUAUGCUACUGCAACGAUCUUCUCAAUGGGCUAAAUCUUCUUCCAGAGAUUCAGCAGGUUCUCGAAUUAUCUAAACACAAAGCGUUUGCUCGGAUGAAGAGAACUUUGGAGAAUGAGGACUACAAGAAAAUUCAAGAAAAAAUAGAAGAAGUCCUCGAUGCGACCCCAACGAACGAUAAGAACCAAACGGCGAGUAGACGGGAGAUCAUCGUCGCCGCGAUCAAAGCAGGAAAAUCAGAUGCUAUUGAUCUGAAUAGAAAAAUUCGUGAAAACCUUUUAAAAGAAUUCGACGAUGAAGUCAAUGCAUGCUCGGACAGAUAUCGUAUUUCACUUACCAAGAAAUACACCGUCGGAAAAGGAUAUCACAUGUUCACUUCUCGGAAAAACGAAGAACGAUUCGAGAGAGACGCUUCUCUAUCCGAUCUGAUGAUUGUUGACCGAUCGAAAACCCAGCUUAGCUUGACCAGCGACAAAAUAUCAAAGCUGAACGCAAGAAUCCAUGAAGCAGAAGAUGAUAUUGCUAGCGAGGCUUACUCCAUCUUGCUUCCAAUCAUGACGACUUGGCGUGAGAAUAUUUAUUUGCUCUAUGGAAUUUCAGAAGUCAUAUCCAACUUGGACUUAUUUCACUGA